AUGUUCUUCCGCGCGUCGAUCGCAUUCGCCCUUGUUGCCUCCCUCACCGCUGUGUUCAGCGCCCCAGUCGCCGCACCCGUUGUUGAAGCUCGCGCAGACUUCACGCCGCUCGCCUGCUCCGGCCCCAACCUGACCGGAACCUGUGUCGAACUGGGCAGCACUCUUGGCGACGGCCGCGGCACCUGCACGGACCUCAAGUUUGAGGCCAAGUCACUGAAGCUCAACGUCGACAACGACUGUGUCUCGUUCACCAAAACUGGGUGCACGAUCGACUUUGCCAACUCGAACGACUUCGCGACUGAGCAUUUCUCCGAUGACGCGGACGUGAACAACUUGACACCCAAAGUCCUGAGUCUGAGCUGCCAGACCAUCCCCGGACUCGUCAAUGGACUGUUCCCGCAGUAA